GUAGUACCUCUUCAAUCUCUGAAAGGAGAGAGCAUUGUGGAACACCAGUUGAAGUUUGAGAAAUGAAGAACCAAGUUGCUGGACAGGUCAUUGGAAUCCCAAUCAGCUUCCCAAAUGAGAAUCCCUCUUCUUCAAAUCCAUCUCUGCCAUUAAAUCAUAAUGAAGUGGAUAGGAUGAAGAAUAUGAUGAACCAACAUGGGAAAAAGGGUGAUAACAUUGUGCAUGGAAUCAGAGAACAUGUAAGAUUGGCACCUAGGAUCUUUGAAACUGUGAAGGGAAAGCUGAGCUUGGGGGCAAGGAUUCUUCAACAAGGAGGCAUGAAGAGAAUUUUUAAGCAACUUUUUGGGGUUACGGAAGGAGAGAAUCUGUUGAAGGCUUCUCAAUGCUAUUUAUCAACAACAGCAGGCCCCAUAGCAGGCCUCCUCUUUCUCUCUACUCAGAGGGUUGCCUUUGGCAGUGAGAGAUCCAUCAAAUUCUCUUCUCCAAAUAGUGAAUUGGUUAGAAUCUAUUACAAGGUUUCAAUCCCACUGAGAAAGAUAAAGAGAGUAGACCAAAGUGAGAAUAUGAAAAAUCCAUCUCAGAAGUACAUGGGAGUAGUCACUGCUGAUGAUUUUGAGUUCUGGUUUAUGGGGUUCUUGAAUUAUCAGAAAGCUUUCAACUGUCUCCAAAAGGCAUUAAUGUCUCAAUCUUGAACGAGUUACACAUCAACCCAAAAGUGAUUGAAGCAGAAAUGGUUUUGCCCUCUACAUAAAAAAAGGUAUACAAAAAUUUUUGUUAAUAAGAAAUUGAUCUCCAAUUCUUCUCUGACAGCGAGAGCUUGGGCUUUUAUGCCUGGCUUUCGCAGUAUAUUAUUUCAAGAAAGUCCGACCAAUCUUUUCAGCAACGAAAAGAAGCAGAUUAGGCCCUGUCCGGGAUUCAUUUUAAGCGUCUUAGAAAUCACUUUGCAAUAGUUUUUUACUAACAUGUUAUGUUUGGUAAAACAAAUAAAAAGCAAUUGUC